CCAUUUUUCCUCUGCGAGAAGAAACUCUGUUAGUAGAGAUAAGAUAUGGGAUUGUCUCCACUAGCCUGCCGCCGUCACACAGAGGAACCGCUGCCGGUGAAAUUGUCUUCUUUUGUUUUUCCCUUUCAGUCCACCAUUAAGCGUAGAACCUCUACCCUUUACCCCUCUCUCAAACACAGACCCAAGUUAUUUCGUAGAAAGCUUGCAAGGGCAUGACUAUGGGUAUCAGACCGUUCUCUCUCGGUUUUUCUCAGUUUUCCUUUAUUGGUUUUUUUUUUAUGCAAUUUUAUUAAUCAAAUGGUUUGAUAAAAGCGUAUGUCUUCAUAGUGGGUUUGUGUAAUUGUGUCUGAAAUUGUAAUUUUAAGAUGGAUUUGCUUGAUUUUGAUUGCUUGAAUUUAUUUGUUAAAAAAGAAUUUUUCACAAUGAUACUUUUUGGGGUUAGUUUUAUUACUUCUAUUUAAACUAAGUGAUAUUUGAAUUCUGGUAGAAUUUCAUAGUGAGGAAUAUAGAGAUUGUGGCUCAUGUUGAUCCUAGAAAGACGUCUUUAGUUGAUUCUAUUUUAAACAAACAAAGGUAAUAAUUCCUUAAUGAUUUUCCUCUGCAUAAUUUGCCACAUUGAUUGGUUAUACUGAAAUUUUUCUAAGAAAAUUGAUUUCCAUCUAGACUAGAGGGUGGCAAUCAGUAAUAGGGUUACGAAGUAUAACCCAAGUAUCCAACUACAAGUUGUCUCUGUUACUCUUUGAAUCUUCUACUUGUGGUGUCGUCAAAUUCCGUAGCAGUAAUGACGGUACUCCACUACUCCACUAUUCAUAUUUUCUUGAUUUCUUAGAUUCUUGUAAUUUUUGUUCUUGAUUGUUUGACCCUUGUAGACUCCCUAUGUACUAGGGUGCUCCCCUUUUUGAUAUCAAUAAACUUAUUACUUAUAAAGAAAAAAAAGCGAUUCGGUUAUUUUUCAUUAUUUUAGACUCUCUUUUAACUUUAUUAUUCUAAUUUCAAGAUUUUCAAUUCUCACUUUAUCUCUCAUCAAUUCUUUAUUACAUUUUUAUUUUGUUAGUAGAAAGAAAUUGUAAAACUUUAUAUAUUUAGUUUUAUUUUUUGGAGACAGAUGUAUUAAAUUUUUCUUCCUUUUUUUUUAAAUAAAUAUUUUGAAUAUUUAAUUUUUCUUUGUAACAUUGGCAUAUCAAAAUUAUCUUUUUAUUAAAUUUUAUAUAAUUUAAAAUUUUUAAUAGCUACCAUAACACAAAAAAAAAAACAUAGUGCGAACCAAACCGGUAGAAGCCAUUAGGCCAUUAACCAUCAAAUGACAUCGUUUAAAAUUGAAAAUGGAAGGGGUUUCAGGCCAAGCUAGAGAGAGAGGGCGAAGCUGAGAGAGAGAGAGAGAGAGAGAGAAAGAGAGACAUGGCAGAUCCGUAUAGUAGAUACGGUGCAGGCAUGGCAGAUAAAGAUAGAGCAAAGGAAGCUAUGGAUAAGCUAAACGAGACAGAAUUGAAGGGAAAGCCAGUGAUUAUCACGUGGUGUGAAAAGCAAUGUCCUAGUAGUAAUGCAAAAUUGUGGGUGUCAAUUAAUGGCGCCCCUAUCAAUAAUGAUAACUUCAAGGUUUUAUUGUCCGGUUUUGGUGCUGUUGAUUCUUUCAAAGCGGUAUUGCAACAUCUUGAUACAUCCUAUUGGAUUGUGCAGUUCAACUCAGAGAAAUUUGCUUCAAAUGCCAUUAAAAUUUUCAACGGUGCUGAAAAGUAUGGCAUGAAAUUCCUUGUGUCAAAAUAUAAUGAUUGCAAGAAACUCUGUGUGGAAUAUCAUCCAAAAGAUCUAGAUGGGAACAACAUUCUAUUAGCGUUCUCUUUGGGGAAUGCACUAUCAAUAUCAAGAAUAAAUCGAGUGGUAUUGCUUUUGUUAGCUAUCAUGCAUCAAAAGGGGCUGGAGAAGCUAUGAGGAACUUAAAUGGCACAGAUUUAGGUAACUACUUCUCUUUUUCUUUUUCAAUUAUUAUAUAACUAAUAUUCCUUAAUUAGGUUCACAUUGUUUGUAUGUAAGAGGUAUUGUGACGCAAGCUGUGACGGAAGAUAACAAUCCUGAAGAAGCCCCAAUUUUUGUGAUUGAAGAUAAUCGGAGGCAAUUAGUUACAACUGUCAAUAUGGCGUGUUUUCGUACUGUAUCAAAUUUCCUUCAAUUCCUGAACAAACUAGGGGAUGAUCAUAGACAUAUUGGUCUAUUGGAGAGAAUUAGGCCCGACAGUCCGUGGCCUGGUUAUGAAGUUAUGUAUAAACAUGUUGACAGUGAGAACGAGGUAGUCAUCAAACCGUUUGAAGGUGUUGAAUCUUUUGAUUCUAUUGAACCAUGUUUCAACGAAGAUCCGUACGAGCACUCUGAGCUGUGGUUCCUCGGUAUGGUCAACC